AUGGGCAAGAAAAAAGUUAUUUCGCGACCGUUAACUCCAAUUCCAUCUUGGCUCAAGAGUCAAUUGAAAAAUGCGCCCAUCAAGGAUGUAGUCAAAUCUGCUGCAAAUCAGAGUGCAAGGGCGCUUUUCACUAAAGCAGAGAAGGCCGCUAGCGGCGCGCCUUUUGCAACACUGCCACGGCCGCGAUUGCCCGCUAUCUUCGAAACCCGAGCUGGAAAGCGAAAGCGAAUUUCUUCCCCGCGUUACUCUCCAGGCGCUGUUCGAUUGUCUCCCGAACUUGUAUCAAUCGACAGUGCAAAAGUUCUUCCGACCAAGCAGGAGGCGGUUCUGAUACACAGAGCUCCAGACGGGUCGAUUCUGAUUCCUCAGGAAUUCACAAAAGUGCUGAUCGAUUUCAUCAACACUCUUCAGAGCGAGUACGAGUGGGCGAAUCCUCGUUAG